AUGAUACGCUGGAAGUACGGUUUACAUUAUCUCAUAUGGCUUCUUCUCGUGCUGCAUUUAUCCACGUGUCAAUCAGAUUCCUUGACGACGUCGGCUGAGCAGCACGAGUUGUUUGCCAUCAAGAAGGAUUCAUUGUCUCCUUGGUCGCAAAUUCUUGUUUCAUUACCACGAAGACACCCAUUGUAUCAAAGUUUUGCCGCCAAGAUUCAAGAUGUUACUGAGAAUAUUUCGGAUGAUAUAAGAGACUCAAACAAAACAUUCGUUUCUUCUGAUGAUUCUCCAUUCAACAUCAGGAUACAUGCUCUUCGACCUGGACAUCGAUAUUCAAUUGCAAUUCACGGACAAAAAGAUGCAUCAACAUCUUUGAUAAAAGAAGAAUCAGUCGUAAUGGAUCCUCGUGCUCCCGAUUUUCGAUCAACUGAUUCUGAUAUUCAAGUGGCUGAACACAACAUCACAAUGAGAACAAUUAAAAAUGACUCCUAUUUACAAGACUCAUUUUCGAUUGAAUAUCGUCAGAUAAACCCAGAUAAGAAGUUUCCGGUUCUCCAGAUUUUGGAUAUUCCAGAACAGAAGAACUUGGAAUUUUAUCUUGGAAAUCUGAAUUCAGGAUUCGAUUAUUCAGUUCGUGUGAUUGCUCAUAAAGAUGGAAUGAGCAGUCGACCAUGGAUUUCUACUUUGACAACGAAACCAUCUCCAAUCAAAACAGUGAAUAUCAAUCAAAAUUCUGGGUCUUGUGUAGAAGUGACGUGGCAAACGGACGAAUUCGGUGGAGCAGACUUUUAUACGAUUCAAUAUGCACUUCAAUCGAAUCCGUCCAAUUCUACAAAUAUGACAAUUCCAUCCACGGAGUCGUCGAUUUCCAUUUGUGAUUCGAUGCUGCAAGGAGAAGCAUAUCAGAUUGUGGCAACUGUUCAGAAAGGAGGACAAGUAUCUGAGCCAUUGGUCACGAAGUUUCAAUUAAGACCUCUUCCACCAAUUGAUUUUAGAGUUCGUGCUGAUUUAAAACGUGGAAAAUAUAAGAUGCUCGCGGAACUUCCAACAUCCUCAAAAAUAGACAAAUGUCAGAUUACUGUAGCUGGAGAUGAAGUGGAAAGAUCAAUCAAUUAUGCGAAUAUUGAACAGACAAAAUCUGGACACAGAAUAUGUUGGUUCAAUUUUGCAUUGUCUCCAGGAGAACGUUUUGAUUUCUCGAUUUCCUCAAUGUCAGAUGAGUCCACAAGUCAGAAACUUCAGAAAAGUAUUGUACUGACGCCAGCUUUCGACUUUAAUGCUUUUGGAUUGACUCUUCAGGAAUCAAAUGGUGGAAUUGAAUUGAUUUGGCCAAAAAGUGAAGUAUUCAUGUCACGAGUCAAAGAUAUCUGGAACAAAGUCGUCGGAGCAGACAGUCUUUUGAAUAUGAGAAUAACACCAAUUGGAAACAAUGAUGAGACUGAUAAGACUUUGAAAUUUGAGACUUCUCCGAAGAAUUUGGAUCCCGUUUUUGCGAAGAAUCUGGUCAAAGGAGCAUGUUAUCGAGUACAACUGUUCACAGUGACGAAGACAGGAAUCAUAUCAGAAACACGUCAUAAUGAAACAAUUCGAAUGUCAAGUCCAGCUGUAAAUGUAUCAUUAGAAAGUGUUACUCGAUCAUCUGCCACUCUUCGAAUUGUUUUUGCGACUCAUCACGAUUCUACUUCAAUUUCGAAUUGUCAAAUGCAUAUUGUAGUGAGAGAUAUGAAUGGAAAAAGUGUAUUUGAUAAGAGAAUGCAACUCUCUUCAUCAUUUGCACCUCUUCUGAAUUUGGAUGGAUUGAGACCUUUCCAUAAAUAUACUGUAAACACUCAAAUUAUUUGUGGAGGUGGUGGACAUGAGACACCUCAAUGUCCAGCUGCAACGAGGACAAUGAGACAAUUAUCAUUCUCAACGAGACAGGAUAAACCGGCGGCUGUGCAGAAUUUGAAAGUUGAACCUCUCAACUCCUACUCCGUAAUGCUAACUUGGCUUCCACCAGCUCUUCCAAAUGGAAUUCUGACUCAUUACAAUGUGAAUGUCACUAAAGUUGGAUCAGAUGAAACAAGAACUAUUGAUGUGGGAGUAUCAUCAAAUCGAUCAGAUCAUACUGUACAAGUGGUUAUUGAUGAAUUAUUCGGAGGACACACGUACAACUUCAGUGUUCGGGCAGUUACAGAAGCUGGAUUCGGAGAGACAUCUCCAGUUAUUCCAAGUGUUUCCAUGCCUUUAAUGGCACCUCCAAAACCAAUUGCAGCUCCUGUUAUCAUGAAAGAAAGUAUUGGAAGUCAUAGUAUGAUUGUCAGAUUCCCAACAACUAUUUUCGAUAAUAGAAACGGAGAAAUCAAACAAUUCGCAAUAAUUGUUUCUGAAACGACAGCUGACGAAUCUAUAAAUAGAUGGCUUGAAACUGACAACGGAACUUAUACAUGGCAACAAGUCCAGAGAUUGGACGUUUGGCCGUCAUACGUGGCAAAACUUCAAGAUAUUCAAAAAGUGAAACAAGACGCAGAUGUUUCGAUUUUCGAAGAGAUAGGAGAAGACGAAACAUGUAGAGAAGCCCGAGCAGAUCGUAUCUGUAAUGGACCACUUCGAUCCGCAUCGAAAUAUCGUGUCAGAAUUCGUCUCUUCACUUCUCCGACGCUGUUCACAGAUUCACCACCCAGUCAAGUAAUGACCACCGGCUCAGCAACUCCUGCUAUUCCUCUUCUCACCAUCGUGGCAGUUCUGAUUGUCAUCGCAUUCGCUGGCAUUGUCGGAACAAUUUUCCUAUUCUUCUGGAAUCGUACAAAGAAAGCAAGACUCGCAGCGGCGGCAUUCAAGAACGGACCCUCAAAAGAGAAAGAGUCUCAGUGGGAGGCACUCAAAAUGAUGAUGGCAGAGAGAGCCGCUGACUGCCUUGCAAAGCUUGGUCUCGACGCGACAACACCGCCACCGCCAUCAACGACAAGCUCCAAUUCGCCGACUUCAACCUCGACGACAAUGACUGAUUGUGGUAGUAAUCCACAUCUUGGUGCUCCGAAUGCAAAUGCUGGAGGGCAUCGACGAACGAGAAGUCUUAGAGAACGAACUGGUGUCGAGCAUCGUCUCGAGCGUCUCUCAUCUGGACCAAUUCAUCGGACACCACUUUAUACGGUGGUCGGAGGAGCAAAUACUAACAAAUCAAGACCCGUACGACUCGAAGAUUUUGCUGAGCACGUUCGACUGAUGUCAGCAGAUUCUGACUUCAGAUUUUCCGAAGAAUACGAUAUGAUGCGUAAUGUAGGAGUGGGACAAUCGGUCGCGGCCUCGGAAUUGCCCGUGAAUCGACCUAAAAACCGUUUCACAAAUAUUCCUUCGUACGAUCAUUCACGUGUGAAACUCUCGAAUCCAAAUAAUAUCGAAGGAGGUGAUUAUAUCAAUGCGAACUAUGUUCCUGGUUUCUCAUCUCGUCGAGAGUUUAUUGCUGCACAAGGACCAUUACCAACAACUCGUGAUCACUUUUGGCAAAUGACAUGGGAACAACAGUGUCCAGCGAUAAUCGCAUUGACGAAAUGUGUGGAAAAGGGACGAGAUAAAUGUCAUCAGUACUGGCCAGAUCAUGAGAAUGUGCCCGUUUUGUAUGGGGAGAUUGAGGUAACAAUAGUCGCCGAGAAAGAGUACGAUGAGUUUAUGAUUCGAGACAUUCGACUGGAAAAAUCAGGUCCAGAUGGACGAGUCACUCGAUACGUCAGACAUUGGCAUUACAUGGCAUGGCCUGAUUUCGGAGCACCAGCACAUCCAAAUGGAAUAAUUCAAUUCUCUCGAAUGUUCCGACAUCAUCUACCACAUUCACCACAUAAUGCACCAACGAUAGUACAUUGCAGUGCGGGAGUUGGUCGUUCUGGUACAUUCAUAAGUAUCGACCGUUUACUUCAAACAAGUUCACUCGGAGAACCAAUUGAUGUAUUCGGAACAGUUUGUGAAAUGAGAUAUGAAAGAUGUCAGAUGGUGCAGAAUGAGCAACAAUACAUUUUCAUCCAUUAUUGUGUUCUUCAAGUCCUUCAAGGAUCAUCACCAUCUCCAACAACUUCAUCAUCUGGUGCUCAUCACAAUGCUGGUUUUGUACAAGAUGGUCAUCUGAUUGCUGAAUCUGGAUUCUGA